GGAAGAUCGCGGCGGCGGCUACGUCAUGGACACCGUGGAGAAGCUACAGGUGCUGGGCAAAGGCGGCGUUGGACGCGUGUAUUUAUGCGUGGACAAGUUGACUGGACAGCACGUGGCUGUGAAAGAAGUCGAACGAACUUGUCCAAGUCGCAUUGCACGGCUGGAUGCAGAGAAGGACGCGCUUGGUUGCAUCUUGCAACGCACGUUUGACGUCGACGAUGCAACUUUCCUCGUCAUGGACUUCUUUCCCGGUGAACCGUUGUACAAAUGCCUGUGGCGCCGACGUCAAGGCUUUCCAGAAGCGUUUGCCAAGCAAUGCGUCGCUCAGAUUGUCAUGGAGUUGCUGGGUUUGCACGGUCGUGGCUACAUGCAUCGCGACCUGAAAACAGGCAACGUUCUCCUCGACUCGGACGGCACGUGCCACUUGAUCGACUUUGGAUUUGCCAAGCGCGUACAAGCUGAUGAAGUCGAAGGUGACAAUCGAACCGACGGUCGCCGCGCGAUGUCGUUUGUGGGCACACAUUAUGCGAUGGCCCCCGAGAUAUACCGUGCUAGGUGGAAUCAGCCGGGCACCUCCUACACCUCUGCCGUCGACUGGUGGGCUCUUGGUGUCUUGACGUUUGAGCUGCUCCAUGGGUCACCCCCGUGGCCUUACAAAUGUGAAGACGGCGACCUCCUGCGAUAUGCCGCUCAGGUUGAGAAGCCCAUCGAAUUUCCACGGCACGCCCACUUUGACAGCAUGGACGUUCGCGACUUGAUAUCACGGCUUCUGUGCGUCGAUCCGUCGGCACGCCUCGUCGGCGCCGCCGUCAAAUCACAUCGUUGGUUCGCUGGGAUCAACUGGGAGGACCUAGUGGUUAUACCUACAACCGACGUCGUCCCACCGCCCGAGACCGUGCCACCCCUUCCUGACAGCGCCGAGAGCGUCACGUCGGCCGAGAACGCUCUCUUUGCAGGGUUUUAG